AUGAGUGGAAGGCUAAUAUUUCGUUCAAUAUUUAAUAAUUAUCCUAACAAGUUACUGCUAAACCGAAAUUUUUCUCCAUGUAGUAGUGUGCUGGUUAGCAUUUUCAACGUAAACAACAAAGCAUUUUGUACAAAAACUAAAGCAAAAGUAACAGAGAAAAAACAUUGUAAUAUUGGAACUAUAGGACAUGUAGACCACGGUAAGACUACUCUUACAGCGGCUAUAACUAAAGUACUAUCAAAGGAUGGUUCUGCACGGUUCGUGUCUUAUGACGAAAUUGAUAAAGCACCAGAGGAAAAAGCCAGAGGUAUAACAAUUAAUGCUGCUCACGUAGGCUACAGUACGAAGAACCGUCACUACGCUCAUACAGAUUGCCCUGGCCAUGCGGACUACAUACGUAACAUGAUAUCGGGCGCCUCGCAAAUGGAUGCCGCCAUUUUAGUCGUUGCAGCGAAUGACGGCCCGAUGCCGCAGACAAGAGAGCAUUUGUUACUGGCAAAACAAGUUGGCAUACAGUAUAUUUUGGUUUACAUUAACAAGGCUGAUCUGGUUGAUAAUGAGCUCUUAGAACUGGUCGAAAUCGAAAUGAGGGAAAUGCUGACAGAUUUUGGGUAUGAUGGCAGCAGAGUACCAAUGAUUUGUGGCUCUGCGUUGAAGGCGCUCAAUGAAGAUGAAUCUGAAUAUGGCACGCCCUCAAUUAGAAAACUUUUGGACGCCAUUGAUAAUUACGUACCGCCUAUAGUAAGGGACCUGUCGUCUCCCUUCCUGAUGCCUAUAGACAACGCGUUCACGGUGCCCGGCCGAGGGACAGUGGUCGUUGGAACUUUGAAAAGGGGCGUUAUGAAAAAGAAUGACGACGCAGAAUUAAUGGGCUUCGGAUUUUCUAUCAAGACCACGCUCUCCGAUAUUCAAAUCUUUAAGAAAAGCGUUGGUGAGGCACUAGCUGGUGACAACGUGGGUGUGUUAUUACGUGGCUUGAAGAUACGCUCCGUGGAAAGCGGUAUGCUUCUAUGUGCCGCGAAGAGCGUGCAAUUGAGCAACCAUUACAAGGCGAAGAUUUACUUUUUGUCGAGAAGCGAAGGAGGCAGGAAGAAGCCGGUGUUCUCCAAAUAUUCACAGCAGAUGUUUAGCGGAACGUGGAAUAUUGCGUGCAGAAUUGAUUUGGAACCAACCAUGGACAUGAUGAUGCCGGGCGAUCACGGAGAAGUCUACUUAACUCUUCUAGAAGGAAUGGUCAUGACACAGGGCCAACCAUUCACUAUACGAGAGAACAACGUAACUGUAGCCACCGGUAUUAUAACAGAGACUUUGCCUUCGUUAGACGUUCCCAACGGCAAACUGGGCAAAGUUGUGAUAAAAUAUGAAAAUUCGUGA